UGCUGCCGCCAUGUUGGUUUGAGGCGAUGACAGGAGGCGGUCGCGGCGUGUGAGACUGAAAAAGUGGAGGAGGAGGAGAAACAAAGCUCUAAGAGGAAACCAUUCCCGAACUGAGGAGAGGGAGAACCCGGCCUCUUCCGGGGGCCAGCCGAAGUCGGCGUCGCCCGGAGAUCGCGAGGCCGGGGAGGGGUGGGGAAGGCGGAGACGGGGGAGGCGGAGGCAGGAGAGAAGCGCAGAGGAGCUGGAGACUAUGCGCCCCGACCCCCUUCGCUGCCCGGAGGCGCCCGCGGCCUGAGUCCCGACCGGCCGUGGAGUGUCCUGGCCGGCCUCGAGCCGCCCCGCGCUCGCCGCUCCCGGCCCCGUCUCUCCGCCCUGGGCUUUCGCUUUGGCUCCCAACUAGUUAAAUGCCCUUGAGCGCGGGGUUCCGCGGUUCGGCUCUCAGCCCCAGCGGCGCGAGUUGAGCCGUUUCCCUGGGCCGUCCGCGCGGGCUUCUCGCGUGCGGCUCCUCGGCGGGGUCGCCCGGUUGCAGUUCGGCCGCCACUCACCGCUCACGGGUCGAUGUGUAGCUACAUAGUUAUCUAUGUACAUGCACGCUGGGGCAUUUUUCUCCUGCUUAAUGAGGACUUGACUCGGGAGCGAGUGUGAAUCACUGCCGGGGCUGGGAAAGAAGGAAGGCGGAUUUAACCCCCUCCCACUCCGCUCCAUGUCCGUGUGUCAUUCGGCUCGGUCCACCUGGCGCGGCCGGUCCUGGGGCUGCUAUUGCUGCUGCUGACGACGACGACAACGACAACGGGGGCUGCCUCUGCCGUCCCGAGAGUUUCUUCACUCCGGCCGCACAGCUUCUGGGGAUUGUUCCUCUUCGCAUCAGAACCUCGGCCAGGCCUGCACUUUGGCUCCGAAAUAACUUAUUUUGGGGGGCGCAAAAGCACACCGCGAACCAAUCAAAAUUGUGAAGGUUUAUUUCUGUAGCUUGAAGACUUCUCUUUUUUGUUUGUUAUAUAUUUUUUCCUCGUAAACAUUUGGGAAUAUAUCAAACGGCAAGAUGUCCAGUAAUGUCCCGGCGGAUAUGAUAAAUUUGCGCCUCAUCUUGGUAAGUGGAAAAACAAAAGAGUUCCUGUUUUCUCCUAACGAUUCUGCUUCUGACAUUGCAAAACACGUGUAUGACAAUUGGCCAAUGGACUGGGAAGAAGAGCAGGUCAGCAGUCCAAAUAUUCUACGACUUAUUUAUCAAGGACGAUUUCUACAUGGAAAUGUCACAUUAGGAGCAUUAAAACUUCCUUUUGGCAAAACAACAGUGAUGCAUUUGGUGGCCAGAGAGACAUUGCCAGAGCCAAACUCUCAAGGUCAAAGGAAUCGUGAAAAGACUGGCGAGAGUAAUUGUUGUGUAAUCCUGUAGUUGCUGUCUGCUAAGAGUGAUGUGAUAUAUCGUCUUUGUCUUUCAUGCUGCUGGGACAGAAGAGACCCAACAUUGCUCAGAAACCUUUAAGAACAGUCUGCCUGUAAAUCCAUGGAACUGAACUAUCACACGAACACUGUCAUUUUUUCUCAUGAAAGUAAAAAGAACCAAGAACGUUUUUCACUAUUUUUUUUUAAUUUCUUGUGUUUUUGCUUACGUUGAGCAGUUUUGAAACAUACUGGUUUUUGAAUGCAGUCAAUCUCCAGGGGGAAAGUUAACAAGCUAUCUUUCAUAACAGAAAUCAUUUUGCUGCCACAAAAAUCUUCAUCACCAGAACUAACAAAUCAAGUGUUCCAAAUAUAAUUUGCACUAAAAAAGAUUGGCAUUAUUUUCCUCAUCAGCAGAAUUUAUAACAGUUUAUGGUACCUAGAAAUACAUAUUUAAUUCUGUACUAGAAAACACUCAGCAUUUAAUACGUUAAUUACUGGGCCAACUUGAGAGGAAAGAAAAAUGGAAAAGCAACUAAAAUGUUGGGUGAAUUCUACCAAAGUCAGCCAUGGUGGCUGCACUGGCACAGAAUACUAAACUGAGUGUGACUAUUUUCACUGCAACAAAUGAAAAAACAAAUCAAAAUGUGCCUGUUGUUUAAAGCACUCAGUAGAGGGCUGAUGAAACUAUUUUUCCUUUAAGACAUGCACUCUUGAGUCCUACAGUAACUGAGUGCUUGGUCACACAGCACAAGAAGGGGUGAGAGUGCGUCUCCUAGCCUUAAUGUGGGAGGGGAAUUCCAGUUGCUCAUAGGCUUUCAUUAUUGUGCAGAAAUAUUAGAAAACCUCAUUGACUGAUAAAUAAAUUUUGUGUACUUGAAUAUCAGCAAAGUGAAGUUUUUCAUAAUUAUUGCUCAUCUGUAACCAUGUCCAGUGUCACACUUACUCGUAAGAGAGUUAGGAUGAAUUCUUAAAAUUAAAAAAAAAACUUCAUAGUACUAAUUUUAUUUCUUUAUGUAGCUUGCAUUUGGUAUUAGUGCUUGCAAUUGUAUUAAAAUCAAAAGCUGAUUUUUACAGCAUACAUGAUUAAGGAUGCCAUUCUUUUAUUUCAUACCAAUUUAAAGAUUGAUAUGCUAAAAACAAUUUGCACAGCACUAAAGCAUGAGCUAGUUUCAUCUAAAUCUGUAAAAAUAUGAAAGAUUUUAUAUUUUUUCACUGGGAAGAAAUUCUUCCUGGAUGAAAUUACAAAUACAUGUAGAAUAUAUUUAAUAAAAGACUUAUAAAAUACCUAACUUUAGAUCUUAAAUAUAGAUUGGCGAGUAGUGUAUAGAACAAUAUUCCAUAUAAAUAACUUUAGCCUUUAUAAAAAUGAAGUUGCAGGCUGACAUUAUGUUCUCUACUUACUAAAUGUCCACCGUCCCUACAAACAUGAAGUGUAAAUGGUUUCAAAAGUCAGCGUUGUUUAAAUGUAAUCAAGUUAUUUUAUUCAUUGUUAAUGCUUUGAUGAAAAGGCUUUAUAUGCAGUAGAUCUACAAAAAUAUUGUUCAUACUGAUCACAAUUAAAUUUGUAUAGAGCAGAGUUUUAAAAUGAAUGUAAAUAGCACUAAACAUUUUCUUUCUGCAACCUGUACUUAGAUUCUUUCUGUAAACUAAAUAAAAAAAAUUGUAGUG